UUGCUCAUCCGACAGUUUCAAAGAUGGCUCUCGCAAGUGUGUUGAACAGUGAUUGUGCGGAUUUUUCUUUCGGUGGCCUACAAACGUCCACGUUUGACUGCGAGCCCGGACUGAGUGGUGUGGGAUUCAAAGCUGCGUCGGGAGACAACCUGAGGUUUUCCAUCAGAAAUCCGCUGUGUGCCGCGGACGAGGAAAGCGUCGAGAGGAAAAUAGAGUUUCUGCAUGGAACGACCACCUUAGCGUUCAAAUUUGAGCACGGCGUCAUUGUUGCGGUGGACUCUCGGGCCACAGCGGGCUCCUACAUUGCCUCCCAGACGGUCAAGAAGGUGAUUGAGAUCAACCCCUACCUGCUAGGCACCAUGGCCGGAGGCGCAGCCGACUGCAGCUUCUGGGAGCGCCUGCUGGCCCGCCAGUGUCGCAUAUACGAGCUCCGCAACAAAGAGCGCAUCUCGGUCGCCGCCGCCUCCAAGUUACUUGCCAACAUGGUGUACCAGUACAAGGACAUGGGUCUCAGCAUGGGGACCAUGGUCUGUGGCUGGGACAAGCGAGGACCAGGGCUGUACUACGUCGACUCGGAGGGGAACCGAGUGUGCGGCGACCUGUUUUCGGUGGGCUCCGGCUCCACGUACGCCUACGGCGUGAUGGAUAGCGGCCAUCGGCAGGAUCUGACCGUGGAGGAGGCCUGCGACCUGGGCCGCCGAGCUAUCUACCAGGCCACGUACCGCGAUGCGUACAGCGGCGGGCAGGUCAACCUGUACCAUGUCCACUCCGAAGGCUGGACAAGGAUCUCUCAGGAUGACGUGCUGGAGCUCCACCAGCAAUACAAGGAUCAGGCUUGAUUAUGCAACUUCCCCAGGGUGGGGGACUGUCAUUUAUUCCUGUAUCCAGAAUUUAAAACGUUCCGAAAUAUGUUUGCUUGAAAUUAAUAAAAAAAAGCACUCAUCCA